UCCGUUGUAAACAAGCUAGCAGACCAUAAAAGCAACAGACAACAGCUGUCAAACCCCGAUCUGGGGACGAAAUUUAGUGAAAAAUGAACUUGGAAGUCGAUGACCCCGAUGUCUACCACCAGGAUUUUACUACAGCAUCGGCUUGGGAGGAGUUCGUUGAUCGUAUUGAGAAAAUAGUUGUCGACUGGAAGUUAAACCAACCGAAAACAAGACUGCCUCUCAAGAAGGGCGAUCUCGAUGGCGAAUGGACCACAAAGACGGAAGAAAUUCAUUUCGAAGGCGAGAAAUUUUCCUUAACAUCAUGGAGCUUGAAGGACACCUCGAUCAUUUCAAGCGAAGAGCCUGAACCGGAUAAUCCGUCAGCGAAUGUUCCUCAACUUCAGUGCCUGGUGGACAUGAUGUCAACAUCCGGAGAUUUCGUAACUGUUGCUAGCUGUCCCAGAAUUGCUCAAUUCUAUGGUAUCAGAGACUUUCUUUUGCUAAAAAGUGAUGUCAGGAAUAUAACGUCAGAAACUCAAGCAAAAAUACUUCUUAGCUCUCUUACAAUGGCCCUCCAUGCUACAGGAUGUGAAAUCCCUGCGUUUGUUCAAAUCCUUGAACUAUGGCAGCACUUCUAUCUUGGCUCCUGCCUUGGCAAAGAGCUGAGUGCGGAUUAUGAAAUGGUUCACCUUGAACGCACCCCUCAACACUGUAAAUACCUCACAGGUUUGCUUGAUACUUUUAAAUCUAAAAUUAGCAGAGGUCAGCAGCCACCCCCCAUCAAUAUUGCAGUUCGUCUGACUUACACUUUAAGAAUGCUUAGUCCUUGGAAAACUUCCAUCCCUACUGAUUUAGCUACUUCUGUGUCAAUGGUUCCGUUUGGUACAGGCUCCGAUCCUAUAAGCAAAUUGCAUCUCCUAGCAACAUGGCCUCAGCUCAAUGAUCAAAUGGUCGUCGAUAGCCAAAGCUAUUCUGAUUUGGAACCAAUGCAGGCUCAUUUGUGGUCGAUGCAAAUCGAACUUGCAAAAAAUGCAAAAGGUCCUCAACUAUCCCAAUUACUUGCGAGUCUUUGCAAAAUGUCUUCAGAGCCUUUGGCUCCCUUCAUUGUAGAUUGUCCCCGAAAUCCCAAGUUUGGCAAUUCCUUAGACGCUCUCACAGAGUCCAAAGUACCAACUUUUUCAAAGGUUCUUGACAAAGUAAUCACUGGGAACCCUUCAGUCAUAAAUAGACAAAGGAACAAACAGGGAGCCAUUCCUGAAUCAAGCCUGAAAGAUAUUCUGUACUACCUCUUCCCAGAUGCUGUCACAGAUCCGUCCACAACAGUGCCUUAUCCAUACCCAUCAUUUGAGACAGGCAAACUUUCAAGUCCAUCUAAAGAGAACCAACGCAAUCAUAUUGUCAAGUCUGCGCCUCCUGACAGUCUGGUGUGGCGCUUGGCUCUGCUUCUUCCUCUCAUGUACAACAGCAGUCGCUCCACUCCUGGUGCAGCUCAUGUGUGGUACGAGUUCACCGAAGAGAUGCGCUACCGGUGGGAGAAGGCCAUUCCAAUUCCUGCAGAUGCUGAACGUGUGCAUCGAGAAGAAGAAGCUGCGCGCCAGCCUCGCCGUCGGCAAAGGUUCGGCCGCCGUUUCAGUGGACUCCGAAGGCGAGGACGACGACCAGUUCUUCGACUGCGACACGUCGGGCCCGUCGGGCGCGGCCGCCGAGGACGCCGAGAUGGAGGACGCGCAGGACACGGCCGACGGCAAGCGCUCGCUGUGGGACCAGCCCGAGGGCCGCAAGGCCAAGCACCCCACGCUGCGCCUGCUCAAGACCGGCGAGCCGCUCUACAUCCCGCUCACGCAGGACCUGGUGCCCAAGUCGGAGGACGAGGUGGAGCACGAGACGGCGGCGGCCCACCUGUCGCAGGCGCACGCCUACUCGUGCACCGUCACGCUGUCGGACAUGGAGUCCUUCAAGGCGGCCAACCCCGACGCGGCGCUGGAGGACUUCGUGCGGUGGUACUCGCCGCGCGACUGGGUGGAGCUCCCGGACGCCCCGCUGGACGAGUGGGGGCAGGUGCAGGGCGAGCUGAGCGAGCGCAUGCGGCUGGACGACAACAUGUGGCAGAACCUGUGGUCCGUGGCGCAGCCCGUGCCCGCCCUGCGGCAGCGACGCCUGUUCGACGAGACGAGGUCCGCGGAGAGCGUGCUGGCGUGGCUGGAGGGGCUGUCCGCGCUCGACCUGGCGCUCGCCCUGCUGCCCGUCACGGCGCACGCCUGCGCCACGCGCGUGCUGCAGGAGGUGCACGCCGACGACCUGCUGCGCCGCCUGCCGGGGCCGCCCGCCGCCGCGGAGACCCUCGCGCGCCACGUCGCCGCCGCCACCAGGGAGCCCCUCCAGACCGCCCCGCUCGGCAACGUGCUGCCCGCCGGCGCCGCCAAGACCGCCGCCAAGACGGCCGCCAAGGAGACCGUCAAGCUGUACGAGAGGCUGGUGUCCGAAGUCGAGGCCGUGGAGACGCAGGUGUGCACCGCGCGCUCGCUGCGGUCCAAGCUGUGCCCCGGGCUGUUCGAGGCCCAGUCCGAGGCCGAGGCCGCCGUCAGUGACAGCCAGAAGGAGAUGGUGGACUUCUUGUCCGCGCUGCUCGAGCUCAAGGAGGUCCUCGUUCCGGGCGGCGCCCGCGGCCGCAUCGGCAGCAACGUGCGGGGCAUGUUCGCGGAGGCGCAGAAGAUGGCGCAGAUGCUCCCCGACGCGGCGACCGGCCGCCCCGAGUGGAGCGCCGCCUCACCGGACUUGCCUGCUUCCGGGCCGUCCGGGGCCUCGGCCUCGACGGCGUCCUUCCCGCCCGCCGACGUCAAGGAGGUCGUGAUGCGCGUGGUGACGCCGCGGCCCAGCGCCGCCUCCAAGCCGUGCCCGCAGCGCAUCUACGCCAUGCACCGCAAGGAUGAGUUCAGGCUGGCGGGCUGCUUCGCCAGGGACGCCACCUUCUACUGAGAGCGUCCCCGCGGCCUCGGAGGCCUUGGGGCAGCGACUGUGAUGCAACAUGGAACUUUUCUGUAAUUACUGCCCUACUCUGCAUUUUAAUCAAUAUUCUAUCAGCAUUCCUGAGAUCGUCUGGGAUGGGUUUCUCCAUUUGUAUACCUCUUCUUAGUGUCGAUUUAUUGUGUCUCUAUCUCUCUCUGAUCUCUGACGAAUUUCGUUGCAUCCCUGUAGAUGCUCGCUCUCAGCAUUUUGGUUUCCGAAUGGCAACCGUGUUUCAGAGGGAGGAGGGCAGUGAUGUCUCCCAAUUUAGGGUUCAAUACCCAUGUGACAAUAUUAUUGAAGUUGUGUAAAUGGUUUUUUUUUAAAUCUCUCACUCAUGUGAUGAAAAUUAAGGAUUGUAUGACGUGUUUGUAGUUUAGCGGAAGAAUAUUUGCGUUAUUGUAUUGUUACAUUUUUUUUAUUACGGACUUUUUAUCUCUAUUCUUCGUGAUGCAAGGGGUUUGUGUUUCAACUUAUUAGGAAGCAGUGAUUUGAGUUCUUAAAUUUAAUCGGGCGGGUACGGUCUUGCUACAGGUGAUCCUCUCGAUUAAAUUACGUUUCGUUGAUCGAAAUUUGCUCCUGCUUCUUGCAAACUUGUUAUGUCUUACCUGUUUAACUACUUGGACUAUUUAUUUGUCAUAAACUCAUUUAUUGUGAAAUAAUAAAAAAAGGAAUGUUUUGUUUAAAAAUC